AUGGAUAUGCCCACAAUCCAGGCUCGUGGAAACAAACUUGAAAUAUCCAACCUCCAGUUACAAAUGUUGAUCAUUUAUAAAUCCAAAAUUCUUAAAUGCUACUGCAGAGGCCAAAUAUUACAUAUAAAUAAAUCAGAUGACAACGCAAAAUGUGAUAUAUUUGCUAUUGAUUAUGGUUGUGUAGAGAAAUCUAUUUCAGUAAGACGAAUUUAUCAUCCUCAACAUAAGUUAAAUAUACCACCAUUAGCAUCACACUGUCAGUUAGCAGACUGCAAAUCUAAAGAAGAGGUAUGGAGCAGUGAAGUGGUGGAUGCUAUGAAAUACUUUGUUGGAGAAGAGAGAGCAAAAAUUGUAGUUAGAGGAAGAACACCAGAUAAACUUAUAGUAGAAUUAAUAAAUAGUUGCCCUGAUGAUAUAGCAACAAUGCUAGCACUGACUGGAUACACAACUCUAGGUUAUAGUCAAAAUAUUAUUAGCCGAAUACCGACUCUAAGCAAAGAAAAACAUUAUUACACAUACAAAGAAUUAAAGGAGGGUGACACUUUACAUGUUAGAAUACAAUCGGGUAAAGACCUACAUAGUUUUUAUGUCGCUCAAAUAGAUGAUUACAAAAAGUAUAUUAAGGAAAGAGAAAAUCUGACAUGGUAUUCAAAAGAGAAACACAGUCUUCAACCUGAAGACAUGAAGGAAAACAAACCUAUAAGUGUUUUUGUUUCACAGCUUGGAAGGUAUGAGCGGGCAAUAAUUAAACAAAUCACUGUACCAGAAGAUAAAGCAUUAGUUCAGCUUGUUGAUUGGGGCUCUAUUAUAGAAGCCGAUGUAUCACGAAUGAAACCUAUGUCUCAGAUUUACUUUGCCAAUCCAGUUAUUGCAAUCUACUGCUCUGCACAACAAAACCAAGUUUGGGACAAUGGCUUACAACGUUUUUUAUAUCCAGGCUAUGAGUUUAUUAUAGCCAUUAAGAAGCCUGGAAAUCAAUUUGAUUCUCCGAAUAUUGUUAAAAUAUCUCCAUUAUCAAAGUUUAUAAAGUAA